GUUAGGAGGAAACUCAAUUGUGAGCAACAAGAAAAAAAUGCCAUAUUCUAAAGAAGCUCUUGCUAGGCUGUUCUACAAUGUCUCCAGUUCUUUACAGCUUCUCUUCCUCUUCUUCUUCUUCUCCUCCAUUUUGCUUGCUAAGCUCCUCCACUUCCUCUGCAACCACCCAAUAUUCCAAAGGACCCAACAUGGAUCUGGAGUUGGAUUGUUUUUGGACGACGAAGAAGAAGAGGACAUAUAUUUUCAUGAGGAGGAGUGCAUGGAGAAAGAUGAUCACCUGGUGGCCGACAUAGUUCAUGGUGGAGAAUCACUUCUGUUUUUGCCUGUCAACCGUCCUGUGAAGGAUCAAGAUCUUGAGCAUCAUGAAGAAACCAUAAGCAGUAGUACUACUCCUCGUGGCGAUUACAACUACCUCUUCCACCAAGAAGAGUCAAGUGAUGAUCAUAACUCACUGGUUCAAGAAUCAGAAGUACAUGAUGACAAGGAAGAUGAGGCUGAAGAAGAGAUCCCAACAUCAGAUACUGAUGCUGAUGCGGUAUACAAUUUUGGCCCCAAUGAAGGUGACCCCACCUCGCCGAUAACCAUCAAUCUAACCAAAAGUGGCUUGGUGGCCGAUGACGAAACCCAUGACGAGAAACGCGACGAGGAAGAUCCCAAAGGUGGCAAGGAUAAAAUUGAAGAUGGGAAGGUGGAAGAGACUACAAAUUUCACUAAAGAUGAAAAGUUCUUAAUUUUUGCGCCACCUCAAUCGGAGGCUAAGAAGUUUCAUGUCCAAGAAAAGGAUAAUGAAGAGACUUGUGGCGACUCGUAUACCGUUGGAUCUACUUCUAAGAGCUCGUCUGAAUGGAGAAGUUCCAUUAAUUUCAGGGAUUCAGGGACAGAAGAUCCAUUUUCGUCCUCUUCCCGGAGGAGUUGCCCCAAGUGGGAAUCUUACACUGUGUUUCAGAAGUAUGAUGAAGAGAUGACAUUCUUAGAUAGGAUCAGCGCCCAAAAGCUUCAGGAAACAGAGUCUCUUAGGUCAAUCCAAGUCUGUCCAAAGUCAAUCUCAGGGAGGAUUGCUCAUAAAUUGGCAACAAUCAACAAGAGAUCAUCAGAUACCCAUCAGAACCCGUAUCAUGAACUAGAAUCUGCUUAUGUAGCACAAAUUUGCUUAACAUGGGAAGCUCUUAAUUGGAACUACAAGAACUUUCAGCGCCUGAGAGCUUCGCGUCGUGAAUGUGACCCCGGCAGUCCUGCUCAUAUUGCCCAGCAGUUUCAGCAAUUCCAAGUGCUUUUACAGCGGUACAUUGAGAAUGAGCCCUAUGAGCAUGGCAAGAGACCUGAGAUUUAUGCUAGGAUGAGAAUUUUGGCACCAAAGCUACUCCAAGUGCCAGAAUAUCGAGAUUCUGAAGAUGAUCAAAAGGAUGAAAGUUUGAAGUCAAGAAUUUCGUCAGAUUCAUUUCUUAUUAUAUUAGAAGAGGGAAUAAGAACAUUCAUGAAUUUUCUCAAGGGGGAUAGGGAGAAACCUUGCCAGAUCAUAGCAGCUUUGUUCAAGAGGAACCGAAAAGGUUUGGUUGAUCCAACUCUUCUACAUCUGAUGAAGAAAGCAAAUCAGAAGAAGAAGUUAAGGCUCAAAGAUCUUCGCAGAACUGGCAAGUGCUUAAGGAAAAGAAGGUUAAAGGAGGAGGAGGAAAUGGAGAUUCUGAUGGGACUGAUAGACAUAAAAGUGGUGUCCAGGGUUUUGAGAAUGAGUGACAUAACAGAAGAGCAAUUACACUGGUGUGAAGAAAAGAUGAGCAAAGUGAGAGUUUUGGAAGGGAAGCUGCAAAGAGAUUCCUCACCACUUUUCUUCCCUGCACACUGACCCCACCAUAGAUUGGGUAUUUGUUGCUUGAUGACUAGACCAUGAAUGUGCGGUGACUGCAUGCAGAUGAAUAUCCUAAGGCAGACACACCCUUUUGUAAAUACUGUAAAGAAAAAUGAGAGGAAGGGGACCCACAAAUCAAAGCCAUGACAUGUGGGUGACAUAGAUUUUGAAGAUAUGGAAUCCAUGAAAGAAAAGAUGGGUUGGCUCUCUGAUUUCAUGAACAUUGAAAGUGAAAAGAGCUGGGACAAAGCAAGGAACAUGAAGAUAGAGACGAGGUAGCUUUAGUUUGCUUUAUCUUUUGAAUUAGGGUUUAUCUAUAAGGGUUUUGAGCUGAAUCAAAAGAGAGAUUUGGGCAAAGCUGCUGCUACACAUGCAGUGGAAUAAAAAGGUGGCACAUGGUACACUCAAAGGGUUGGAGCCCGAGCCUCAUUUGGUACCACUUUCUUUGGGGAAAAGAUGAAUAAAUAAAUAAAUAAUCAACCCAUGUAAGGUGUAUUCAGACUUCAGAGAGUUGCGUCCCUCUCAUGAUUUCUAUAAAAAGUUAAUCUUGUAGUUGGGUUAUCAUGACCUUCAUUGACUUCCAUCAUCAUUAAUAAUCUUUGGAAGAUAGUCUAUGAUUUA